AUGGCAGAGAUAGCAGCCGGAGCCGUAGUCGCCGAACAGGCAAUAACAACAACCCUCGAAGGAGGCGCAAUCGCUGGAUAUGCAGUCGCCAAACCCACCGUUCCUCUGAAAGCUACCUUCUCGCAGAUUGCUACUGCAGACAAAGACGAUACUACUAUUGCCUCUGCUAAGGCAUGCAUCUUUGGAGGCCAAUCCACCAACGGAAGGCUGGUGUCCAACGACAUCCACACUGUGACCCUUCCCUUGAAGCAAACAAACUCCACAGACGUUGCUUAUGCCUGUUACCCAGCUGUUCCUCGAGACGAAGGAGCUGCUGUGCCAAGUGCUCGCACCAGACACGCUGCAUGUGUCCAGGGUCACGAGCUAGCCGUCUUUGGAGGUUGUGGUGAAGACCACUCACCUGUAGAUGCAGACUCUUCCCUGUGGAUAUGGAACAUCGAAUCAUCAAAGUGGCACCAGAUUGUCGCAGACAGCCCCAAGCCCUUACCUAGGUUCGACCACAAGCUGUUCCAUUAUGGUGGUCAUCUGUUGCUCCACGGAGGACGAUCUUCUGCUCAAACUCGGUUGAAUGACACCUGGUUCUUUGAUAUGAUCUCGCACACGUGGACUCGCCUGCCUGAUUCUCCAGAGCACUCGGAGAGUGUAGCUUUUGCUGAUGGUACUCUCUACCUGAUUACCAACUCGCCGGCGGAGGGCAUCACCCAUGUGUACAAACUUGAGAUCGGCGACAGUGUACCUACCCCAGGGUCGCCUCAUGGUCUAGAAUGGCACAGGAUCACCAAUCCAUCCGAAGUCCCAUCUCCUGGUCCCAACGCUCGACUCGGUGGUGCGUUGGUGCCUGUGACCACUGGAUAUGGUCGUCUAUAUCUCAUCUACUUCUUCGGCAGCAAAGAAUCCCAUGCGGAUGCCGAAGAUCUCGAAANNAAAUCGAUCGAGUCAGGCGAAACAACUCGGCCUAUCGAGUCAGAUCUAUGGACCUACCAGCUGCCAUCCAAGUCAACCAAGCCUACCACCUGGACAGACUUCAAGCCAGCUGCCAUCAAAGACACGAUUCGGGACAAGCUGGGCUACAAGACUGGCGGUUAUGAGUGGGCCGAGGUCGAAGUGCAAGCCACAGAGCAGAGCGGCCAUGAGGGCAAAGUGCAUCCCGGCCCUCGAGCGUUUUUCGGAGCAGAUGUCGCGAGCGAUGGACAAAGUGUAAUCAUCUGGGGAGGAGACAACGCAAGGGGCGAGAAGGAAGCGGACGGCUGGCUCAUCCGCUUCGAAUGA